GGGGGGGACAGCCCUCCCUCCCUCUCUCUCUCCCGCUCGCUCGCUCUGCCCGCAAUCUUCGAAGCCUCGGUCAUUUGCCGCCGGCAGCAGGAGGCUUCGCACCAGCAGAGGCCUGGGCUCAGGGAUUUCGUUGCUUUUCUUCACUUUGCGAGAGAGAGGUCGAGCCUGAGCCGCGGCAGGACACCGAAGAAGGGCUUCAACUGGCCAGGCAGCUGCCGGAGGUUCAGAGUCCAGCCCUUGUGAAGGAGGCAAAGGGGCAGUGGAUACUAUGAUCCAGGCACUGGUGCUCCUGUUGCUGGCCGGGAGCAGAGUCACGGGUACCAAUACCAACCCACGCCUGAAACUCUCCUUCCAUGAUCUACCGGGGCGUCAUGGACUACGUACCUAUGAGUUGGAACGCUCCUGCUGCUAUGAUUCCUUGUUACUGGACGAAGAAAGAGGGCGGCUUUUUGUGGGUGGGAAAAACUACCUGGCAUCCCUGAGCUUAGACAACAUCAGCAAGCAGGACAAGAAGAUUUAUUGGCCAGCUCCAGUGGAAUGGAGAGAAGAAUGCAACUGGGCAGGAAAAGACAUAAACGCCGAGUGCAUGAACUUUGUCAAGAUUCUGCACCUCUACAACCGUACACACCUGUAUGCCUGUGGCACUGGGGCCUUUCACCCCAUCUGUGGCUUUGUAGAAGUUGGGCAGCGUGUGGAGGAUGCUGUAUUUAAACUGGACUUUAAGAGCUUGGAGGAUGGAAAAGGCAAGAGCCCUUAUGACCCACGCCACAUGGCUGCCUCAGUGUUUGCAGGUGAGGAGCUUUAUUCCGGUGUGGCUACUGAUCUGAUGGGCCGGGACUUUACCAUCUUCCGCAGCCUGGGCUCCAGGCCAUCCAUCCGUACAGAGCAGCAUGACUCCCGAUGGCUCAAUGAGCCUAAGUUUGUAGAUGUCUUCUGGAUCCCAGAAAGUGAGAACCCAGACGAUGACAAGAUCUUCUUUUUCUUCCGGGAAACGGCUGUGGAGGGAUCCCAAGGGCUGGGCAAGCAGACUUUUGCCCGGAUUGGCCAGAUUUGCCGGAAUGACAUGGGUGGGCAAAGGAGCCUGGUGAAUAAAUGGACAACCUUUCUGAAAGCCCGGCUGGUCUGUGCUGUGCAGGGGAGUGAUGGGAGUGACACCUACUUUGACCAACUCCGUGAUGUCUUCCUGCUCCCAACCAGAGAAAAGCGUAACCCAUUGCUUUAUGCAGUUUUCACUACCUCCAGCACUGUUUUCAAAGGCUCUGCUGUCUGCGUCUACCACAUGAAUGACAUUCGCAGGGCUUUCUUGGGGCCCUUUGCUCACAAAGAGGGGCCCAAUUACCAGUGGGUGUCCUUCCAGGGCCGUGUCCCUUAUCCCCGCCCAGGAAUGUGUCCCAGCAAAACCUUUGGCACUUUCAGUUCCACCAAGGAUUUCCCAGAUGAUGUGAUCCAAUUUGCCCGCAACCACCCAUUAAUGUACAACCCUGUCUUGCCUCAUGGCCAGAAGCCUGUCUUUUUACAAACCAAUGUGGGCUACAGCUUCACUCGCAUUGCAGUGGACCGCGUAGCAGCUGCAGAUGGGCAUUAUGAUGUUCUCUUCAUUGGCACAGAUGUUGGCACAGUCCUGAAGGUGGUCUCUGUGCCCAAGGAGACUUGGCAAAACAUGGAGGAGCUGCUGCUGGAGGAGCUGCAAGUGUUCAAGGACCCUACUCCAGUUACCAGCAUACAAAUCUCCUCCAAGCGGCAACAGCUCUAUGUGGGCUCCAGGACAGCCAUCUCCCAGCUGCCUUUGCAUCGUUGUGGGAUCUAUGGCAAAGCCUGUGCAGAAUGCUGCCUUGCAAGGGACCCUUACUGUGCUUGGGAUGGCACUUCCUGCACUCGCUACAUGCACAACACCAAAAGGCGGUUCCGGCGCCAGGAUGUGAGGAAUGGAGAUCCCAGUACCUUGUGCUCUGGAGAUCCCCAACGAAACAGUGUGCAGGAAAAGAAGCUGUAUGGAGUAGAGGGCAGCAGUGCCUUCCUGGAGUGUCUUCCUAAAUCCCUGCAGGCCCAGAUUAUGUGGACAUACCAGAAAACCAGCAGUGCCCCGUGGAAGGAGGUGUUGUGGGACGAUCGAGUCAUCAAGAUGGAGCGGGGAGUCCUGCUGCGAAGUGUGCAGCGCAAAGAUGCCGGCCUCUACCACUGCCAAGCCACAGAGCAUGGCUUUACCCAGAAUUUGUUGCAUCUCAGGCUUGAAGUCAUCAAUGCCCAGCAGGCUGAAACUAUCUCCCUCUCUUGGGAAGAGGAACCCACACAGCCCUUCCAUCGCAAGCUUUGGUACCAAGACUUCCUGCAACUGGUAGAUCACCCCAACCUCAGCACCAUGGACCAGGUCUGUGAGCAACUGUGGAGCCGCAAGAACCAGCAGCCCAAGAGAAAGCCACUGCUGCCCCCUCCACUUAGUGUCAAGGCCAAAAACCACAAGUGGAAGUACUUAGAGGAGAAGAAAAGAGCCCGCAGCCGAAGAACACAUGAAGUUCCCCGUUCAGAAAGAGGACCCCGGAGCACAGACUUCUGGUGACCUGCAAAGGCCACAGCUGGACAACGUCUAUGGCUGGGAGGGGCAGGGUGAGAGUGUGACUGACAGGAGAGGAGAAAGACAAGUCAGGAGCUGGAGUGACCCAUCUGUUUUGCAGGGAGAGAACUUCCUUACCUCCUGCCUUCAUGUGUAGCUUGUAGAGGAAGUGUUGUUGUCAUCAUAGCCACUUAGUUGCUCCCCUUCUGAACUUGGCAUGAACAAUGGAACCUGAUAGGACAAAGAGUUCUUCACCCUGCCUGUUCCACAAUUCACAGCCAAAGAUGGAGGCACUGGCCUCCAAAGGCCAAAUGAACCAAAAGGCCAUCUCCUGGGUGCCCUGUGCAGUGGGAAUUAAAGUUGGCAGGAGUUGUGGUUCAUUUCCAUUCACUGACUGCCUGAGGUUUCGUUUUUGAUCCAACCUCCAGCUGUGGAGCCUUAAUUGGUGCUCAGACAUUUCCCAGUGACAAAACAGCCUCAUGGAGCCCCUUGCAAAGGGAGCUGAAUCCCAUGCUCAAAACUCUUCCUCAAAAAGAAGGCUGUUUGCUCCCUUUCCUCUUCCUCCCUUAACAUCUCCCCCAGUCCACCAGCCUUGUGUGCAUAUGUGUAGCAGUGUGAGUCCCACCCCCAGAGACACAACAGAACCACUGAUAUAUUUAUUAACAGAUUGUUUACUGAUGAAUGUAAACCCACUAUACAAUGAUCCACUAGAAUUUUGCUUCUGACUGAAGGAACAAGACUGCUGUUACCCAAAAGACUAUGGGUACAUUACUGACAGAUUUUCUUGGGCAUGUAUCUUACAUAUAUGAUACAUGGAGAUGGAAGUGAAGAUGAAAGAAGGAGGGAAAUGGACAAGUAACUAAACAGUACAUACUGCUCUCACUCCUCUCUCUCUCUCCCCCUCCCUCCCCCUCUCUCUGACACACACACACACACACGUGUGUGUGUGUGUGUGUGUGUGUGUGUGUGUGUGUGUUUAGCCAGUGUCUUUUUCAGGGAGCAAACCAGGAAGAAAAACCUCUACUAUGAGAAAACCUUUAUGAGGACUCCAUCCAACGGUGAGGCUGAAGCCCAAUCUGUCAACCUCCCAAGCUGUCCCUUUGUCCUGGGACCCCUAAACAAGCCUGUUGUCUGAGGCAUAGUGGGAAAUAGUAUCACAUCCCAUGUUCAAGAAAGUAUCAGCUGUCUAUUCAUUCAAUCCAUUUCUUAUCCUUCACUUUAGAAAGCAAAAUGCAAUUACAGGUAAAUAAUCUAUAUACCCAUCCCAAUUUGGCAGUCACAGACCAAUGAAUUCUUUGUCCAUCCACUUUUUCAGCUGUUUUCAAAUGUCCCAGUUUUUCAGUCUUCUUUCUUCCUGCUUUCUCAUUGUCCUCAGCAGAUGGCCAAUUCUCUCACUCCAGAAGUGACUUGCAGUUUCUCAAGUUGCUCCUGACACACACACACAAAAUUGUUACCAACUGAGUGCAAAAAUAGUUUGUACACAAUUUAACCGGGGGGGGGGGGGAGAGAGACAGAGAGACAGAGAGAGACAGAGAUGGUGGAAUUGAGAGUUGGCUUAGACCAGUGGUUCCCAAACUUAUUUGGCCUACUGCCUCCUUUCCAGAAAAAAAUAUUACUCAGUGCCCCUUGGAAAUUAAUUUUUAUUUUAUUUUAAUAGCAAUUAAACACAAAGAUAUAUGUAUUGCCUAUAGCAAAUGCACCUGUGGCCAUCACCUGUGGAUUGCUGCAGCGCCCACCAGGGGGCGGUAGCGCCCACUUUGGGAAUCACUGGCUUAGACAAAAGCAAACUUCUGCAGCCCUCUUCCCAGUUGUGUGCCUUGACCAUACUCUGAUAUUGCUUUGCAACAACAUCCCAAUUUUCAUCUGUGAAAUGGUUUUAGAUUGUUCUGGGAUUUAGGGAGUAUUUCUCUGCAGCUAAUGUACUUUCUGAUUUAUGGUAUACAAGCAGUGCCUGUGGUGUACAAUGCAUUAUGGAAAGAUAGAGUUGGAACUCGUUGGUCUGGCUGAAAGUGAGCAGAAUCCAGUCUUUGGGAACAGAGUGGAACAAAUAGCUGUUUAUAAUGUGCAUUCAGUGUGCAAGUCAGAAAAGCAUGCCUUCUUUAGGGCCCUCUGGCUCUCAGCACCCUGCUCCACGCUUGACCUUCUUGGAUGCAGGCUUCCCUCAAUUCUCCUGUUGGUGAGAAAAGUCUGAGACGAUUAGACCAUUUGGAGCCUUAAUGAAUUCUGACACUGUAUUAUUUUCUUUCAAAAUACUGAAUCAUUCUUUGUCUUUUACUUCCUUUUAGCUCUAGGGUAGUCUCUGCUGCUGUGGCUUCAGGAUUUUAAAGUCAGAUUCUGAAUACUGAAAUACUCUACAAACGGACUCUGCUCCCACUAUUUUUCUUUUCUCCUUUGGGGCAAGCUAUGACUUAAGAAGGAACAAUUAUACUAUACAUGCACUACUCUUUCAGGACAUACAUCUAAAAUCAUUACGUUCCUUUGCAGCACUGUAAGCCAUGGCUCUCGUGUCAGCAAGGAGAUGAACCCAGUCUGCAUUUUAAUCUGACUCAGAAAAUGCUGUCCAAGGUAGUGGACUAUUCUGAGGACAGGGGUCACUUCUUUAAAGCUCAAGAUAAAGCCUGGAGUUCAUUUAGCAAGCUACUGAUAUGGAAGCUACCAGCUGCCACAAACUUCGGGCUCUAUGGGAGUCAUGUGUAGAAACACACAUGGUAAAAAGAAGCAGUAAACACAUGAUCCCAGAUUUAUAGUCUACCAUGACUUUUAGACCUUAUGACUGAAGUCUGUGAAUACUAAUGGCUACUGAGAGGGAGAUAUGCGUUAAAGAACAAGGAAAAACAGUGUUAUGAGAAAGAUACAUUUCCAGUAUCUUCAUUUCCUGUCACCCUGUUCACUGCCAUAGCAGGACCAAUGCCUGAUAGAGACGAGAGAGAGAGAGGCAUAUCUCUUGGUUCCCACUGCCAGAAUGGCAGCAAUAGCCUCAAGUAAGCAAGCAUGUAAGUAGUUUGGAAGAGCUUGGUAGGCCCAGCUGUGAAGCAUACUACAAAGAGGGAUCAGACCUCCUUGCACUCUGAGAUGCACAACUAUGGCCACAACUGUUGGCUUAUGCUGGUGUAAUCCCUGCUUGUGCCAGUAGUAACAUAGUCUUUUCACCAAUGCCUCCCCACAUGGUGCCUUUGCCCUGGAUACUAAAGGCAGUGAGAACUUGCAAGUCAUAGCUGUACUCCCCACAAAUACUCUGAGUAGGGAUGCCCAGCCACUGUCCAGCUGCCCUUGUGGACCUAGGAAUUAAGAAGUAUGUUUUGUCCUUAGCAAAGAGGAGGGUACAGUUCCUACUCUGAAUAGACUUAACACUUUCCUAUGAAAAAAAUGGUAUGAGUACUUACAUUAUUUACUGGAUUGAUUUGUCAAGAUAAUCAUAAAGUUAGUUCUAGCAAAUACCAAAUAACUGCAUCUGUGCUUAGGAACCGCUGCUAAUGGCUCCAAAUGAUGCUGGCAGUGUACUUAAGAUAUUAUCCACCUCAGGACAGUAUUCACCUUGCGACCGCUGCUGCAUCUUUCUUUGGUGAAAGGGGACAACCCAGAGCAUCCCUGCAAAGAACCAAAAUGAGGGAGAAAAUUGUGAUUCCUCUCCCCAAAAAGGAUCACAACCUCCCCCCUCAUUUUGUUGCAUGGAGAAGGGCUGGCUGUGCCAUGAAUGAGUUUGAUUUGCACUUCCUAAGGGUUUUAAGGAGAAGGCUUUGUGAAGUGAGAUGGUAAUGGCCAUGUCUGCAGCCAGCCUCCUAAGUUUGCUGCAUAUACUGUGUAUGGCAGAUGUGAAAAAUAAAGGUAUGUACAAUGUAGACUUUUCCCUCCUGUAAAGAAUUAGAAGAGGGAGAAAGCCAUUUGCCUGUAUUUAAAUGAGAAUACCAUAAGCUAUGUGUAUGUGUAAUUUUUACAGCCAGGAUGGCUCACAUUUCUUUGUAUCUGUACAGCAGUCUUCCCCAACUUGGUGUCCUCAAGAUGUGUUGGCCUGCAAUUCCAAGAAAACAUAGCUCAUGGUAACAGGAAUGGUGGGAGUUGUAGUCCCAAAGCAUCAAAGGGAUGCCAGAUUGGGCAAGGCUGCUGUGUCACUUCAAAGAUUUGUAGAAAAAAACCUAAUUAAGUCAAGAGGACAAAGUUGCUUCUAUUAUUUUAAAAGAUGCACAUACACAUGUACAAGGCAAAACUGAAUGUAAUUGCUACUUAUCAAGCAGUUCCUAUGUGUUGUUUUCAAAGGUUCCAUCCUCUUCUCUUAUUCCCAUUUGCUCAGGAAGAAUAAGUAUACAGUAUUUCCAAUGUAGCCACUAGCACUUUGGGAUUCUAGCAUGUUGACAACCAAGUUUUUCAUAUUGAAAAGUAACAGAUGUGUAAGCUGGCUUUGGAAAUGCUCCACUACUAAUUUUGCAUUACUACAUAUAUAUGUCAUCUGUGCCAAUGGCAAACUCUAAAGCAAAAAGGAAUGAAGGUCAGGAGAAUAGAAAAAUUAAAAGAAGUUGCAAGAAAGGUGAGAUGGCCUUGUGGAAUUAUAGGUAAAUCAAGAUGGGUCUCUUAAUCCCAGAAUGUGCCAAUUAUGAUGUGGUGGGUACGUAUUAACACAAUAAAGCAGUCAUUUUAA